CGCUGUGUGUGUCAGUACAGUAGCCCGGACGGCUCCGUGUCGUCUCGUACCGUGGUCAUCCCGUCAAGCGUGCUCGGUUGCGACAUGACCAGAGCCUCGCAGACCUCGUCAUUCAAAUAUGGAGCAGUUUAAAGCAAUCAUUUCGGUACUUUGGAUAUUACUGCUCAACAGAAACGAGGAGUGCAGUGCAGAGGAAGUUGUCUUGCUGAAUUCUAAGGAGUCCCAGGCAGAGCUGGGUUGGACCUCAUAUCCUUCUAAUGGGUGGGAGGAAAUCAGCGGUGUUGAUGAGAAAUACAAGCCCAUUCGCACGUAUCAAGUAUGCAACGUGAUGGAGCCCAGUCAGAACAACUGGCUCCAGACGGGUUGGAUAUGGCGGCAGGGUGGCCAGCGCAUCUUCAUUGAGCUGCAGUUCACCCUGCGAGACUGCAACAGCAUCCCAGGCGUGUCCGGUAGCUGUAAGGAGACCUUCAACCUUCUCUACGCCGAGUCCGACUGGGACCUGGGCCGUGUCACCCGUGAAGACCGCUACAGCAAAAUCGACACCAUUGCGGCAGAUGAAAGUUUCACUCAGGGUGAUUUGGGAGAACGUAAGAUGAAACUUAACACUGAAGUCCGUGAGAUAGGACAUCUCAACCGCAAAGGGUUCCAUCUGGCCUUCCAGGAUGUGGGUGCGUGUGUCGCGCUGGUUUCCGUGAGAGUGUACUACAAACGUUGUUUAUCAACGGUGCAGAAUUUAGCAGUAUUCCCGGACACAGUAGCUGAAGCUGCCUUCUCGACUUUGGUGGAGGUGAGAGGGUCGUGCGUGAAUAACUCUGAGGUGGACACAGACAGUCCUCCCAGAAUGCAUUGCAGUGCUGAAGGAGAGUGGCUGGUGCCCAUUGGUAAAUGCAGCUGCAGUGCUGGCUAUGAGGAGGGACACAGCAGCUGUGAGGCCUGUCCCCCGGGCACUUACAAGAUGUCGUCACGGCAGCAAGAGUGUUUCUCAUGUCCAGCUAACAGUAAGGCUGAAGAAGAGGGCUCUGUGCUGUGUGUGUGCGAAGAUGACCACUUCAGAACUCCGCUGGACCCUCCAUCCGCACCCUGCACACGCCCUCCCUCUCCACCUCGUGAUCUGGUCUACACCCUCAAACAGUCCACGCUCAUUCUAGAGUGGGCCGCUCCGAAUGAUUCAGGCGGCCGAGGGGAUCUCACCUACAGCAUAGGCUGCCGGCGAUGCAUCGGCCCCCCGCGGGCCCUGCAGGUGCAGUGUGAACCCUGCGGAGCCAGCAUGGGCUUCGUACCACAGCAGAGCGGCCUGACAGAGCGCACAGUCACCAUCGUGAACCUGCUGCCCAACACAAACUACUCCUUCAGCGUGGAGGCCCAGAACGGCGUCUCGGAGUUACUCCCCAACAAAAGGUUCUACACGCAGGUCAACAUCUCCACCAGCCUCCCAGCGCCUUCCCAGGUUAACGAGCUGCGAGCGGAGAAGGUUGAGCAGCGCAGUGUGACUCUGGCUUGGAGGGAACCCGUUGUGUAUCCCAACAGCAGCCGCACUGAAUAUGAGAUCAAAUACUAUGAAAAGGACCAGAAAGAUCAGCGUUAUUCCACAGUAAAGACGGCUGCCACCAGAAUUAGCGUCAACAACCUGAAACCAGGCACAACCUACGUCUUCCUCAUCCGAACCUGCUCCAGUCCAGCACUUUCAUCUCUUUCCUCCUCUCCUCUUUCUUCUUCUUCCUCCUCCUCCUCUUCCUCCUCUUUGUCUCCAUCUUCGCCGUCUGCUUCCUCUUCCUCUUCCAGCCCUGUGGCAGCUGUGUCGCCCCCUUCGCUUGACUACGGGGCAUACAGCUCUCCGCUGGAGCUGCAGACGCUGGUGGAACUGGCCUUGGCCUCUAGUGAACAGAGUCCUGUGGUGAUCAUCGUGGUAGUUUCGGUGGCUGCUCUCAUCAUGUUACUGACACUUGGAGUUGGGUUGCUCAUCUGGAGAAGUGGCUUCUCCAGACCGUCCAAUGUAGCUCCUACUCGCGUGGUGCUGCUCUCUACCUCCUUCUCUACUCUUCCUCCUCCUCCUCUUCCUCCCUCCACGCAGCUGUCUCCCAGACAGUGUGGCUACAGUAAAGCCAGCCAGGAGGGGGAUGAGGAACUCUACUUCCAGUUUAAAAUCCCAACUCGAAGGACCUAUAUUGACCCAGAAACCUGUGAAGAUCUGCUCCAGACUGUUCAUGCCUUUGCCAAAGAGCUGGACAUAUCUAGCAUCAAGAUCGAGAGGAUAGUCCAUACAGGAGACUUUGGGGAGGUGUGUCGAGGUUGCCUGAAACUUCCCAGCAAACGAGAGUUGCCUGUGGCCAUAAAGACCCUACGUGCGGGCUGCUCGGAAAAACAGAGACGCUCAUUCCUCAGCGAAGCAGGAAUUCUGGGACAGUUUGAUCACGCCAGCAUUGUACGUCUGGAGGGAGUCAUCACCAGAGGUCAGUAGAGACAAAGAGAUUGUGCACUGAAUAGAUGGUAAGGAAGAAAAGAGAGCUGUAUGGGACACACCUCUGUAGAAAAUGAAAGCUGUAGGGCGAUUGGGACGAUUUCUUCCAGGACAGGGAAAGACAAAGAAUGAGAGGAAUUAGGGAUUUGAUGGCCCUCACCUGAAAGAGUUUCAGGAGGCAGAAUAGAUGGUAUGUCCCUCCACUGAAAAAGAAAAAAGGAGGAAUGAGCCAGUUGUCCCACUGCAGUAAUGGAAAAAGAAUGAUAAGCCAUUGAUUGGACACUUUAUUGGGAAGUGGACCCUUGAAUAAAUGGGCCGGUCCUCAAAAGCGCAAGAACAGAAAGGGAGGGAAAGAUCGAUACUUGCAGGAUGGAUGAUCAUCAGAAUUAAAAGAUCAAGGACAAUGAGGAGCUGUAGAUGUUAUCACCUCCAGGAAGGACAGAACGAGGAGAAUCAAGCUUAAAUGAAACUGGUAACUCUCAGUCAACAAGCGUGAUGAAGGGAAACUUGGCUCGGGGUGGAGAUGUACGGAGAGAGAAGAACAGAUCCAUCUUUAGAUUGAUCGAUGUGAUGUUCCUGGAGAUAAAACAGCUAGAUGGAUUUGCCUUGCGUGUUCUUGCCGAAAGGAAUAAGGGAUGAUGAAGGUGUUGUGAAGACAGGGAAGACCAGAGGGGAAGCUAGAAUUGCUGAAUUAAAGAACUAGCAGUGCUGAUAUUAGUUUGGGACUUUGUGUAUUAGUGUUGAAGGAAUUAUUAACGUUUGUGAUCUAACAUUAAAUCUACAUGUAAAAAAUGAUAGAAAUGUGGGCAUGAAGAGACGUAUUAAGAGUGUUGGAUUUUGUGCAUGUUGGAGAAGUGGUUCUCAACUCGUUAUCAUUGCAUUUACUAAAAAGAAAAAAAGGCAUUAUGCACUUUUGCAACAUUCUGUAAUUCUACAACUCUUAAUUUCUUGCUCCAAAAAGUGGAAAUUUAGUUUUCAGUGACAACUUUCCUCUUUCUUCUGACCCUUAAAACUAAACAUGCAUUUUUUGCUACUGUACCUU